AUGUCCCUUGGUCCCUCUCUGACCGAACGUGAGAUCUAUAUGUGGACCAAUACAGCUCAGGCAACAGCUCCGUGUCUUGUAAGGGACGUCUUCUCAAUGAAGGAGAAUGAUAGCGAAGGUCAGUUUCGACCUAAUACCGGCUUCUAUUGGUUGAAAUACAUACCCUGUAGAACGGUCCUGAUAAUUGGCGUUGUGGUCGGAAUUCAAGAAAGCGAUAAGUGGACCGUAUACACUGUCGACGAUUCCAUGGCCGUUAUUGAAUGUAUUCUAUGUCACCCCCUAUCAAAUGGCAACCUAGGUGGGACAAACAAGGGGACGGCAACGUCACUCAGCAGACCUCCCUCAUUCACGCCUAUUACUGCCAUAGGCUACCUGGUACAGGUGAUUGGAAAAGUUGCACCAUUCCGCGAUACACGACAGAUCAAAGCCGCAUCCAUCAAGCCCUGUGACUCGACCAAUGAUCAAUGGAUACACGUUAAAACCGUCGUCGAGCUUCACAAGUCAAAAUAUGCAAUACCAAGGCCCUUCCAAAUACCAACCAAGAUGGAUUCGGAUAAGCUCAUGACGCAUGAUUCCCUGAAGCAUCCAUUGCCUGUCCAUGUGCCAUCUUCGCCUCUGACACACAGCACCACUUCCGUCCCAUCCAGUUUAGUUGACCUGCCCAAAUUUCUCCAUCCUUCUCGACUGCAUAUGGCAGACUUGACUGAUGUGACAUUUCAGUCAUAUCUCGAGCACUACAUACAACAUUCGCUCGGUGAUGUGCCGUGCUGCGACCUGAGCGAAGAGAUUCAGACGCUUGACGAGACACCUCAAGUGUUUACCUCUCGAGGCUUCACUCUGUCACAUCUACGCCGGAUCCCAGAACUAGCACUUCUUGCCAAUCGAGUGGUGAAUGCUGAAUUGAGGCGACGCGCUCGACCAGAUGCGGAGAAAGAGAAAACUGACCAGACCCACCGAAAGUCCUUCGAAUUUCGUUCUCGCCAUACCCCACAGUGUAUCAAGAUGAAGCACCUCUUUAUGUGGGCAAUCCUCAAAUUGUACGAAGAAGGCAGUAUCGUACUCUAUGUUAGACCUUUGCCCCCUUGUGGGUCUGCAUCCAAACCAUUGUUUAAUGCUACCCUAACUAGCGCUAACUCAGCUCAACGUGAUACUCCGUUCUCAAGCGUGGUAUUUUCGUCUCCCGACAGUGUUUCAUCCAAGUCCAUCAUUCCUCAAGAGGACGCUUACCUAUCAGACGUGCCACCUUACGAAGAGGACGAGGCCUACGUUCCAGUUACAGCGGCCCUUCUUGAACAACCUGUGCGGGAAAUAAUGUCUGCAAGAGGUAUUGGAGGCAAGAGUACAAGAGUUAGUACGGAGGACAUCGCAAUGCAUUUAAAAAAGCUAGAUAGUCGUUGGGCGUGUGUAACACUACAGGCUGUCGAAGAAGCCAUAGAUAUCGUUGUAGUUGACGAAUCACUCCUGUAA